CAAGCGCUGCUCGAGCUUCCCUCCCCCCUUCUGCGCCCGCCACUGACCCGCCCGCACCCGUGUCAUGAGCAUGUUUACGGGCAUCCCGGAGGCGCCCCAGGAUCCGAUCUUGGGGACGACCACCCUCUUCAACGCGGACACGGACCCGCGGAAGAUCAACCUCGGAGUCGGCGCCUACCGCACGGAGGACGGGAAGCCCUUCGUGCUGGAGGUGGUCCGGGAGGCCGAGGCGCAGAUGCUGAAGGACCUGGGCACGAAGUGCAACAAGGAGUAUUCCACCAUCGACGGUCCACCAGAACUGAAGAAGCAGACGCAGGGGCUCCUGUUCGGUAAGGACAACGAGGCGGUCACCUCAGGACGCAUCGCUUCCGUUCAGGCAUUAUCGGGGACUGGUGCUCUCCGUGUCGCUACGGAGUUCAUCAAGACGCACAUCGCGAAAGGAGGGGACAAGGACAUUUACGUGUCGGACCCCACCUGGGGCAACCACAACGCCAUCUUCGCCAAGGCCGGGCUGACGGUGAAGAGCUACCCGUACUGGGCCCCCGCCACGAAGUCCCUGAACAUCGACGGCAUGCUCGCGGCGCUCGGGGCGGCGGCAGAAGGCUCCAUCGUGCUGCUGCACGCCUGCGCGCACAACCCCACCGGCGUGGACCCCACGGAGGCUCAGUGGGAGUCCAUCGUGAAGGUGAUGCAGGAGAAGAAGCUGGUGCCGCUCAUGGACAGUGCCUACCAGGGGUACGCCUCCGGCAGCCUCGACAAGGACGCGUACGCGGUCCGGCUCUUUCUGUCGAAGGGCUUCGAGUUCUUCAUGUGCCAGUCUUUUGCGAAGAACCUCGGCCUGUAUGGCGAGCGGAUAGGCAUGCUCCACAUCAUCUGCCAGACGCCCGAAUUGGCGAAGGUGGUGCUCUCUCAGGUGAAGCUUGUGAUUCGGCCGAUGUACUCCAGCCCGCCGAAGCACGGUGCCGAGCUGGUCAUGCACAUCCUCGGGACCGAGGCCCAGUACGCCAAGUGGCAGCAGGAGCUGGAGGGCAUGGCCAAACGCAUCCUGGAGGUCAGGGACCUGCUGCGGAAGGGCCUCGAGGCGAAGGGAACGCCCGGCACCUGGAACCACAUCACCGACCAGAUCGGGAUGUUUUCUUUCACCGGCCUGUCGCAGGCCCAGUGCGAGCGCCUGAUCAGCCAGCACCACAUCUACCUCCUCAAGUCCGGGCGCAUCUCCCUGGCUGGCCUCAACAAGGGCAACAUCCAGUACAUGGUGGACUGCGUGGACGAGGUCGUGCGGGCUUGCCCCUGAGCCUGGCUUCCCUUUUUGUCUUCCUUUCCUCUCUUCCUCUUUCGUUGUGGACGACUCACCUAUCCUCCUAUCCUGGGCCCACUCGAUCUCGGGGCCCUCUCCGUCCCCUCCCCCCCGCCGCCGCCCUGCCCGGCGGGGCGGGCUCCGAGCGGGGACGGUCCCACCUUUGGGGCUCUGCGCUGUAGGAUCACCACAGGCCAGGAUGCCGUGGGCCACCUCCAUGGCAGCCUCCGAGACGGACGCGCGGGCGGGCGGAUUUGUUUAGGCUUCGGCGCCGCAGCUGCGGGACCGCGCUCUCGCCCACCGUGCCGCCGUCGGGGGGGGCUCGUCACCGGUCGGGAUUUCCUCCGAUGGACGGGGGGGGGCAGCACGGCAGCGGCACGGCGGUCCCCGCCGCAGCUCACCGGAGGCGCCUCUGGACGCCCGCGGG